UAUCCUGCUGACAACAAAGUGUAAGAGAGCUGUGGUGUCAUUUGGUCAUGGCAGGGAAUGCGUUAAUCUUCAUCCUCUUGUCAGGGCUGGGCAGCCUCCCCUCCUGUUUUCCUCGUCAGUACCACUUGAUUGAAACAUCAAUGACCUGGAGUGAAGCGCAGAGCUACUGCAGGCAGCACUACACAGACCUGGCCACCGUAAGCAGCGAGGAAGACGUGGCCAAGCUGAAUGACGCUGUGGGGAGUCAUCGCAGCUGGAUAGGGCUGUACGAUGACAUUAACAGCUGGAGGUGGUCUCUGCAAAAUAAGAGUUACUACGGUGAAGGAGAGGCUGAGUUCAGGAUGUGGGCCAGUGGACAACCCGAUAACUCCGGGUUGUCGGAGUAUGGUCGGAUUUUCCUUGUAGUCGUCGACUCCCAUUCAUCUGUUACAAUGCUGCGUCAGAGACUGAAGGACCAAGGCGUGAGUGACGACGUGCAGCUCCGAUGGGUGACGCAGCCUGAUGGGAGGGUCUUCCACAAGGAAGGGAAAGAGGAGGAGGACACGGAGGAGCAGGCGGAGAGCUGCGGCCCCUGA